AUGUCGGAUCGCUCAAGAUACUACAUGCUAGGCGCUUUCCUGACAGGAAUAGCCGUGGCAGCUGCAUACAACAAGAGUCUUUCUACGCAAAAGAAAAACGAUGCAGGCGGCGACUCGCUGCUUGCACAACAGCAAAAUUUGCUCCUGCAAUUGGCAGAGAUUGAUGACCUAGAUUUGCUGAAGAGAAGACUCUUGGAAGUAGAGCGCUCAUUAGCACGAGGCACAGGAAGUAUCAAGGAGGGCAUUGAGGGGUGCAUUGGCGACACUCCCCUCAUCAAGAUCAAGUCACUAUCCGAAUACACGGGCUGCGAGAUACUAGCAAAAGCAGAGUUUCUCAAUGGAGCCGGCAACAGUCCCAAAGACCGAGUGGCCCUUAGCAUCAUUGAAAUGGCUGAAGAGAAAGGGCUUCUUGUGCCACACUCGGGUGACACCGUCUAUGAAGGCACAGUGGGAAGCACCGGCAUCUCAUUGGCAGCCAUCUGCAGAGCUCGAGGCUACAAAGCACACAUCUGCAUGCCAAACGACAUGGCAAUCGAGAAGUCCGACCUGCUCCUGAAACUCGGAGCUGAAGUAGAACGAGUACGGCCAGCGCCUAUUGUGGACCAGAAGCAAUUUGUUAAUCUCGCACGAGCACGCGCUGAAGAGCAUACCGCGAAUCCUGACAAGCCAGGACGAGGUCUUUUUGCUGAUCAGUUCGAGACGGAAGCCAAUUGGCGCGCACAUUUCACUGGCACUGGACCUGAGAUCUACGAGCAAACUGGUCGUCGUCUGGAUGCGUUUGUCAGCGGCGCCGGUACAGGAGGGACAAUUUCUGGCGUUGCAAUGUACCUGAAGCCUAAACUGCCGAAUCUCAAGGUCGUCCUCGCCGAUCCUCCGGGCAGCGGUCUGUUCAACCGCGUCAAGUAUGGAGUCAUGUUCGAUCCCAAGGAGAGAGAAGGAACGCGACGACGACACCAAGUAGACACAAUAGUCGAGGGUAUCGGCAUCAACAGAGUGACACACAACUUUGACGUCGGCCGAGAACUGAUUGACGAUGCAAUCAGAGUGACAGAUGACCAAGCAAUCUCCAUGGCACAAUGGUUGGUCGAGCACGACGGAAUCUUUGUUGGAAGCUCCAGCGCCGUGAAUUGUGUUGCUGCUACCAAACUUGCAAAGACCCUUGGACCCGGCCAUCGCAUAGUCACCAUUCUGUGUGACAGCGGUGCAAGACAUUUGAGCAAGUUCUGGAAGAGCACCGAACCCAUUGGUGGCGCGGAAAACGACGUGUCUCUGCAAGCCAUCCUCGGGGCUUGAGACACUGUCUUCUCACUACUAUUUGACGGGGGAUCUUCCACCACAACUUAAGACUUGCGGUCUACGACAUGAAUUAUCAGUACUACCUGGAACCCUCCUAGCGAGUCUUGGUCCGGGAUAUUCGAAACAGGCGUGCACUGCCAACUUUCACAGUGUAAUGCAUACCAAUGGCUCACAAUGCCAGCCAACACACCCGCAACACG